AUGUCAGACAUUCUCGAACUUGCUCUACAGCUAACAAACACGCUCACACGUACACCUUAAAAUACCAAAAACUUUCCAUCGAUCAAAAUGGUCAGACGUAUCGAAGGUACGAUUGAUUACGAGAAACACAACGAAAUACUCAAUGAUAAUCAUAAAGUUUUGAUUUAUCUCGACGAUAUGACAUUGACAGACAUUGGUUCUCAAGAUGGUUCAUAUGUUCGUAAAUUUCAUACAAUUGCAAAAUUAAUCCUUGAAAACCAAGUUCUUACUUUUCCGAUAACAUUCAAUCUUGAAUACGAUGAAAAAGAUAUCGAAAAAACAUCGAACUACUCAAUUCGCGUACGAAUCGUCGCUGAUGGAAAAACACGUUUCAUUACCAGUAGCAACAUUCCUGUAUUAACAAAAGGCUACGGCGAUCUGGUCGAUAUCCGAGUUGAGAAAAUCGAUUUGAUGUGA